AUGGAGAUCUAUGCUAGUCCAAAGGAAGAGUGUAAGAAGUUAAUGUUGGAAGAGUUUUAUGAGGUAGCUCAUCUGGUGAAGGGUGGGUGGCUUCUUGGAGGAGAUUUUAAAGACUUGAGGCAACGAAAAAAAGGAGGGUUGAUCAUGUCAACUUAUGAGUGUAGAAUGUUCAUAGAAAAAAUCAAUGCUUACAACCUAAUAGAUGUUAGUGCAAUAGGUUAUAAGUACACAUGGAUAAGGCCUAUGUUGCAUAGGGCAGUGGAGGUGUAUGAAAGACUUGACAGAGUCUUAUGCAAUGAGGAUUGGAGAAUUUUAUUCCCAAAUGCUCAUGUUAAGGUUCUAAUGCGCAUAGAAUUCUAUAACCACCAUCCUAUAUAA